UUUAUUCUCAGUGUGUGAAUGAGUUUGCGGCUUCACCCGAGCGCUGUAAUGCGAAAAGCCGCAUUUGCACUAUUAGUAAUAAUCACACACUCAAAAGAAAAACAAGAGACCACCUUUCUUUUUACUUCACUGCUCUAGUCAUAUCCAGAGUGUGGAUUAACACAUUUAAGUGCUACAAUCAUGUCCAGGCCAGCGGGGGGUGUUGCUAACGAUGUCACCCGCUUCCUCUCUACGGGGGCGAUGCCUGGGUCACCAACCUCUGUAUUCUCUGCCUCCAGCCAAGCUGAUUGGGCAGCCAAGAGGCUCAUCUGGGUGCCUUCAGAGAAACAUGGGUUUGAGUCUGCAAGCAUGCGUGAGGAGCGGGGUGACGAAGUGCAGGUGGAGCUUACAGACAGCGGGCGGAAACUGACACUUUCAAGGGAGGAGCUCCAGCGAAUGAACCCGCCCCGUUUCAGUAAAGUAGAAGACAUGGCCGAUCUCACGUGCCUCAAUGAGGCCUCAGUCUUACACAACCUCCGUGACAGAUACUAUUCAGGACUCAUAUAUACGUACUCCGGUCUGUUUUGUGUGGUGAUAAACCCCUAUAAGAACCUGCCCAUCUAUACAGAAUCCAUUAUUGAGAUGUAUCGUGGGAAGAAAAGGCAUGAGAUGCCGCCUCAUAUCUAUGCCAUAUCAGAGGCAGCCUACAGGAGCAUGCUGCAAGACAGAGAAGAUCAAGCCAUCCUGUGCACAGGGGAGUCUGGUGCAGGAAAGACUGAGAACACUAAAAAAGUGAUUCAGUAUUUGGCACAUGUGGCGUCUUCACACAAGUCUGGCACACUGGGUCGAUCUAAAGACAGCGCUCUUCAGAUGGACGGCACGCGGUCUCUGGGUCGAGGCAGCAGUGCUGUGAACAGGACUGUGCAGUUUGGGGAACUAGAGAGACAAUUACUGCAAGCUAAUCCCAUUCUUGAGGCCUUUGGCAACGCAAAGACUGUCAAAAACGACAACUCUUCCAGAUUUGGGAAAUUCAUCAGGAUCAAUUUUGAUGUUGCUGGAUAUAUUGUUGGUGCUAACAUUGAGACUUAUCUCCUGGAGAAGUCUCGAGCCAUUCGCCAGGCUAAAGAGGAGCGAACCUUCCAUAUCUUCUACCAGUUCCUCUCUGGAGCUUCUGAAACCAUCAGAAAGGAGCUUCUGCUGGGCAGUGCGGAUCAGUACCGCUUCCUGUGUGGGGGCUCACUACCUGUUACUGGUCAGAGUGACUCUGAAAACUUCACACAGACGAUGGACUCUAUGACCAUCAUGGGCUUCAGCAGUGAAGAGUCCAUCUCGAUGUUAAAGGUGAUCUCUGCAGUGCUGCAAUUUGGCAACAUCACGUUUCAAAAAGAGAAAAACACAGAUCAGGCCUCAAUGCCAGACGACACAGCAGCUCAGAAACUCUGCCACCUGCUGGGCAUCAGCGUGCUGGAGUUCAGCCGAGCCAUUCUCACUCCUCGCAUCAAAGUGGGACGGGAGUACGUCCAAAAGGCCCAGACCAAGCAGCAGGCUGAUUUUGCAGUGGAGGCUUUGGCGAAGGCCACGUACGAGCGUCUUUUCCGUUGGCUGGUGCACCGGAUCAACAAAGCGCUGGACCGCAGACAGAGACAGGGAGCUUCAUUCAUCGGCAUCCUGGACAUCGCUGGAUUCGAGAUCUUCCAGCUGAACUCUUUCGAACAGUUAUGUAUCAAUUACACCAAUGAGAAGCUGCAGCAGCUCUUCAAUCACACCAUGUUUGUGCUGGAACAAGAGGAGUACCAGCGUGAGGGCAUCGAGUGGAACUUCAUUGACUUCGGUCUGGAUCUUCAGCCCUGUAUCGACCUCAUCGAGAGACCGGCCCAUCCUCCUGGUGUGCUGGCAUUGUUGGAUGAAGAGUGUUGGUUUCCAAGGGCGACGGAUCGCUCAUUUGUGGACAAGCUCUCAGCCGAGCAGGGUUCACAUCCGAAGUUCAUGCGGCCGCGGCAGAUCAAAGAAGAGGCUGAUUUCUCCAUCGUACACUAUGCUGGCAAGGUGGAUUAUAAGGCAGAUGAAUGGUUGGUAAAGAACAUGGAUCCUUUGAAUGAUAAUGUUGCAUCUCUCCUGCAUCAGUCAUCUGAUCCCUUCAUCUCUGAGCUCUGGAGAGAGGAUAUUCAAACUCUUCCUCGUGUGUACUUUUUUGACUCCUAUGCCACAAUGCAAACCAAUGGCUCUGACAGCAUGGAGAGGAUUGUGGGUCUGGAUCAGGUGUCGUCUGGUGAGAGCAGUGGACCAGUGAAUUUUGGAGCAGCUGGGCUCAAGACGAAGAAGGGCAUGUUCCGCACAGUGGGCCAACUCUACAAAGAGUCCCUCACUAAACUAAUGGCCACCCUCCGUAACACCAACCCCAACUUCCUGCGCUGCAUCAUCCCCAACCACGAGAAACGAGCAGGAAAAUUGAGUCCUCAUCUGGUUCUGGAUCAGUUGAGGUGUAAUGGAGUCCUGGAGGGGAUCAGGAUUUGCAGACAGGGCUUCCCCAACCGCAUCCCAUUUCAGGAGUUCAGACAGAGGUACGAGAUCUUGACUCCAAAUGCAAUUCCUCGAACCUUCAUGGAUGGGAAACAGGCGAGUGAGCUCAUGAUAAGCGCUCUGGAGCUGGACAGGAAUCUUUUCCGGGUGGGACAGAGUAAAGUGUUCUUCCGUGCUGGAGUUCUGGCUCAUCUAGAGGAAGAACGAGACCUGAAGAUCACCGACACCAUCAUCCGCUUUCAGAGCGCUGCCCGUGGAUACCUCGCCAGGAGGGCGUUCCAUAAGAAACAGCAGCAGCUCAGCGCUCUGCGAGUGAUGCAGAGAAACUGUGCAGCGUACCUGAAGCUCAGAAACUGGCAGUGGUGGAGACUCUUUACCAAGGUCAAACCCUUGCUGCAGGUGACCCGACAGGAUGAGGAGAUUCAAGCUCGUGAAGCACAGCUUCAGAAAGCCAAAGAUAACCUCAGCAAAAUGGAGCUUGAUUUCACUGAACUGGACAGAAAAAAUCAGCAGCUGUUGGAGGAGAAGUCUGUGCUCACCGACCAGCUCCAGGCGGAGGCGGAGUUAUUCGCAGAAGCAGAAGAAAUGAGAGCGCGGCUGGCCAAUCGCAAACAGGAGCUUGAGGAUGUGUUAGGAGAGCUGGAGACCCGAUUGGAGGAGGAAGAAGAGAGGACUCUCCAGCUGACCAAUGAGAAGAAGAGAAUGCAGCAGCAUGUGCAGGAUCUAGAGGAGCAGCUAGAGGAGGAAGAGGGGACACGCCAGCGCCUCCAGCUGGAGAAGGUCACGCUGGAAAGCAAAGUGAAGAAUCUGGAGACCGAGACCUUGAUGCUGAGAGAGCAGAGGGACCGAUUAAGCAAAGAGAAGAAACAGCUGGAAGAGAGACUGAAUGAGGUGACAGAUCAACUCACAGAGGAAGAGGAGAAGGUGAAGAGUCUCAACAAGCUGAAAAACAAACAGGAAGCUGUCCUUGCUGAUUUAGAAGAGCGUCUGAAGAGGGAGGAGCAGGGUCGUCUGGAGCAGGAGAAAUGGAAGAGACGGAUGGAAGCAGAAGCAGUGGAGGCUCAGGAGCAGAUGUCUGACUUUAGUCUGCUCUCCACAGAGCUGAGAAACAGUUUGAGCCAGAGAGAGAAAGAGAUCACCACACUACAGACACGGUUGGAGGAGGAGGGCGCGCGGCGUGCGGAGGCUCAGCGAGCUCUUAGGGAGGCCAUGUCUCAGGUCUCUGAGCUCAAAGAGGAGGUGGACAAUGAACGAGGGAUGAGGGAGAGAGCUGAGAAACAGAGGAGAGAUCUGGGGGAGGAGUUAGAAGCUCUAAGGACCGAACUAGAAGAUACACUGGACACUACAGCUGCUCAACAAGAGCUCAGGUCUCGACGUGAGGCUGAAUUAGGAGAGCUCCAGAGGUGUUUAGAGGAUGAGACCCGUCGUCAUGAAGCCCAGCUCUCAGAGCUCCGCAUCAAACACACUGCUUCCAUCGACUCCCUGCAGGAGCAGCUAGAUAACUCCAAAAGAUCACGUCAGUCUCUGGACAAGGCCAAGGCUGUCCUGGAGGAGGAGCGCAUGAACCUGAGCGCCGAGCUGAAGACUCUACAGGGGGGAAGGAUGGAGAGUGAGAGGGGCAGAAAGAGAGCGGAAGGACAGUUACAGGAACUGACCGCACGCCUCUCACAGGCCGAGAGGGAGAGAGAGGAAAGAGAGGAGCGAAUCAGUAAACUACAGUCGGAGCUUGAGUCUCUGUCUAGUUCUCUCUCCUCAUCUGACUCCAAAUCUCAUCGUCUAAGUAAGGAGGUCAGCAGUCUGGAGAGUCAACUUCAUGAUGUUCAGGAGCUCCUGCAGGAGGAGACAAGGCAGAAGCUGGCUUUGGGCUCGCGCGUGCGCGCUCUCGAGGAGGAAAAAGCAGGGCUGAUGGAGAGGGUAGAGGAGGAGGAGGAGAAGACCAGAGAGCUCACACGUCAGAUUCAGAACCACAUGCAGCAGCUGGCUGAUCUAAAGAGGCAGAUGGAGGAGGUGAAUGCAGCAGUGGAGGCCGGGGAGGAGACCAGGAGAAAGAUGCAGAGAGAGCUGGAGAAUGCCACACAGAGAGAGAGAGCCAAAGAGGAGGAGAAAGAACGUGUGGAGCGACAGAAAGAGCGCUUGAGAGAAGAAAUAGAAGACAUGACCAUCGCUCUGCAGAGAGAGAGACAGAACUGCACUGCUCUGGAGAAGAGACAAAAGAAGUUUGAUCAGUGUCUGGCAGAAGAAAAGGCAGUAAGCGCUCGGCUGCUAGAGGAACGAGACCGAGCGGAAGCAGAAAGCCGAGAGAAAGAGACACGCUUCCUGUCUCUCUCCAGAGCGCUGCAGGAAGCCACAGAGCAAAGAGAUGAACUGGAGAGAACCAAUAAGCAGCUUCGCCUUGAGAUGGAACAGCUGGUCAACGCCCAGGAUGAUGUGGGCAAAAAUGUUCAUGAGCUGGAACGGUCUCGACGGGCUUUGGAAACGGAAGCUCAGUCUCUAAAAGAACAAACCCAGGAGCUGGAGGAUGAGCUGACCGAGGCAGAGAACGCUCGCCUGAGACUGGAGGUCACCCUUCAGGCACUUAGAGCCCAGUUUGAGAGGGAGAUCAGCACUAAAGAGGAGAAAGGAGAAGAGAAGAGGCGAGCGCUCAACAAACAGGUACGCGAGCUGGAAGUGAUGCUCGAGGAAGAGAAGACACAGAGAGCUCAGGCGCUGACGGUCAAGAAACAGCUGGAGACAGAGCUGCAGGAGGCGGAGGCUCAGGUGGAAGCAGCCAAUCGGAGCCGAGAGGAGGCAGUUCGGCAGAUGAAGCGUCUCCAGACUCAGUUGAAGGAACUUUUGCGUGAGCUGGAUGAGACCAAGUUGGCGCGAGAUGAGAUUGUCGCCCAGGCAAAGGACAGCGAGAAACGUCUGCAGGUUCUGGAGGCUGAACUAGUGCAGUUAACAGAGGAUCUGGCUGUGUCUGAGAGACAACGCAGACAAGCCCAGCAGGAGAGAGAUGAGAUAUCAGAAGAAAUCGUCAAUACCGCGAAUGGAAAAUCAGCACUGUUUGAUGAGAAGCGGCGUUUGGAGGCGAGGAUCGCUCAGCUGGAGGAAGAACUAGAGGAGGAACAGAGUAAUGCAGAACUACUGGCUGAGAGGCAGAGGAAGAAUGCCUUACAGGUCGAGACGCUCACCGUUCAGCUGUCUGGAGAGAGGACCCUGGCUCAGAAGAGCGAUAGUGCACGUGAGACCCUCGAGAGGCAGAAUAAAGAGCUGAAGACUCGUCUCAGUGAGCUGGAGGGGGCUGUGAAGGGAAAACAUCGACUCAGUGUCGCCGCCCUGGAGGCCAAGAUAGAAUCAAUGGAAGAACAACUGGAGCAAGAGAGACAAGAAAGAACUGCCGCCAAUAAACUGGUGAGAAAAACAGAGAAGAAACUAAAAGAGGUUGUGAUACAGGUGGAAGAUGAAAGAAGACACGCAGAUCAGUACAGAGAACAGCUGGAUAAAUCUAUGGGUCGUCUCCGUCAGCUAAAGAGGCAGUUAGAGGAGGUGGAGGAGGAGAACUCUCGUUCCAAUGCCCUGCGCAGGAAACUGCAGCGAGAGCUGGAGGAGAUGAGUGACAGCAUGCAGAGCAUGAACCGCGAACUCAACUCACUACGAUCUCAACUCAGGCGAGCUCCGCUCGCUCUCUCGGUGCGUGCUGGCCGCAGGGCUCUGGUGGAUGAUCUCUCUCAGGAGAACUCAGAUUCUGAGGAUCCAGGUGCUUCUCCCACCCCGUCCAGCGGCCCGCCGGGUACCCCCACACCCUCAGACAACGCCCUGGGCCCUCCGCCCCCCUACAGCCUAACAGACGCUGAAUGAGACAGGGACUGCUUGAAAGACAGACUGAUUAACUGAGUUAACACACAUAGCUUUGCAAUCAUCCACCGUGCAGUCACACUGACAACAAAACAACUUGGAGAUAGGUUCAAAUUGAUUUGAAUGAACUGACGAAUUAGCAUGUAUGAUGGAAAAUAACUUAUUCAGUGCUCUUAUAGUACUAUUUAAAGCAACGAAGCAGUUCCAACAACUGCAGUUUUUUAAGUAAGAGAAAAACUACAUUUCCCAGAAUUCUUUGGGAACUAGAAGUACUGUGUAUUGGCAUAGCCUCAUAUCCGUGCAGUAUAUCAGGCUAGUUGUGGCAAAAUCACGAUGGCCACUUCUAGCUCUCUAUCGAUGAAAAGCCAUGUGUUUAAGAGAAUUUUGCAUGUUGAUGGCAAUCAGAUGAAAACGCCAUUAGGUGUUGCACAGAUGAUCCAUAUCAACAGAUUCGGACUAAAAUCCUUUACAUCAGCUGUGCUAGCACAAGCCAUUGAACGUUUCUCUCUCUCACUCCGAUUUCAUUUAUUAAGCAAUUGAAUAACCUCUCUUUGCUAUUUUAAAAUAUCUGUGUUUUAAAAUUUUAGAAAUGAUAGCACUGUUUCAUAUGAAUACUUUUAAUCAGAUGUGAUUUGGCAUAGGCCUAUACAAACAUCAAGCUAUGGUAAAACAAAGACCGAAAGUGAGAAAGAGAAAAAUGGCUUUUUUAUUAGAUGAAUACGCUACAAGUUUCAUUCAUCCAUGCUAGCUUUUAUAUCUUAGCCAUAACCUGAUCUCAGAGAUGAUGAGAGCAGAAUAGAAAGUAAAAUAUACAAAACAAACAAAUAAAUCCUGGCGAAAAACUAAAAAACAGCCAAAGCUGACGGAUUUCACUUCCAUGUAGAUUUAGCAGUAAAAGUUUCUAGACCUUUUAAAUGGACCCGCUGUAAUGUCAUUAUAACAUUAGUAGUUUCUGUUCAAGUUCCUGAAGUUCGGCGUCUGACGUCUGGAUGCAAACAUUACCUAGUUAGCUCUAAAGAGAAAGCGUUUGUUGGAGUGACAUAUAUAGGUAGUUAGGAUUUAUUUAUUUACAGUAUGUCUUAACACAUCAGCUCCAGUUUGAAACUACUGUCAUUUUUAUCAGUUAAGAAAAUUCCAGUAUUUAUUUAGUUUUGUAUGAUUUUUGUGUCAGCACAUACUGUAGACAUGUCAUGGUUUCGGUGAAACAGGACAAAGUUAAAGAGAUUGCAAGUGUACGGUUGGGGAAUAUCAGUCAAGGACACUGGAUAAAAAAAAAUUUCUUCGAUGUGCUGCAUUGAGCCUCAAAGGACAACAAUCUUGAGAACAUAACACAUCUGUAAACGCAUAUAUGAUGAGUACAGAAUAAGAGGUCUGUUAUGAAGAUUUUCUUUGUCAUUGUGUGCACUUGAACAUAUUAUGUUUUUUUCCCGAGGGUUAAAGGCUGCUACUUAAUUAUCUUUUUUGUUUGUUUGUUUUUGAAUGUGGUAAAUGUUUAUGGAUCAAAGCUUUUAUGUUGAGCACAAUUUGGGGCAUAUGGAUGACUAAAGGGACAUUUUUGUAGUUGUGUGCAUCAUGUCAACAGUACCUGUAGUUCGGGCAAGCCGCAAAUGUGAAGAAAGAACAAACAUUAUCUGAAAAAUAAAACGAAAAUGAAGUAAUAAGACGGACAUUUUAAAUUUGACAUCCUUCUUAUCAACCCACUUAUCAGACCACAUUAAACGUGUAGUUGUUGAAUUUGUUAGAAUUCUUUUCUUUAAAAAUUUUUUUUGUCAAAUUCUUUCUUUACUGCAUGUAUGUUACUAAAAAUUAAUUUUAUAGAUUUUGUAUUAUUAGGAUCAUUUUUAUACAUUGCUUCUGUUCUCACACACUUACUAGUGUUAUUCCUUUAAUGUUUGUGUAGCAGUGUUAAACUGUACAUGAUCAUUGUAUUUCUACAUGCUAGUAUUAGAACAAGUUUCAGACCUGUUCAACUACUGAACCUCAAAUAUUAGGGAAUGUUAGAAGUAUUCAAGACUGAUAUCUGUAAAUCGCUAAGCAGGGUUUUCAUGUCAGAUUCUGUUGUGUCUUUAACUGGUUAUGUGGAUUACACCUUUAAACAUGAAUUGUUUAACUUGCCCCAGUAAUGUUUUAUUUUUUUAAAUUUGGUGUUAUAAAAUGUCAAUCCCCAAAAUCAAGAUAUUGUUAUGCAACGUAAAGUGUUUAAAAGGAGACAACCUUGCUGUUAGACAGACAGCAUCAAAGAAGCCAAGACCACCGUGAACCUCCACCAAUUCUACUUAUUUGUCUUAAAACAUUUUCCUAAAUUAUAGCAACACUGUAAAACUUUGCUGUAAUUUCGCAGCAGGUUUGCCAGUAACUUGCUGUAGAUUUAUUGUACAAUUUUGUUUUAAGCAUGAACUUACCUAGUUUAUUUAUUUUUCUUUCAUAAAACAAGACUAAAUAUCUUGGGUCACUUUUCUUGUUAAAUAAACGUAUCGUAAUUUAAGUUUUCAAUAUUUUUACAGAAAACAAGAGAAAAAUGCUUAGGAAGAAUGUCAUUUUUUGCAGUGUUGCUGUGCUAAUGCCAGUCUCUUCUUGCUCAUUUUGAAUCUCAAAAGUCAAAGUGUUUUAAUUUUGAUUAAAGUAAUUGAAAACAGUACUAAUUGGAAAGUAUAUUAAGUAGUAAUUAAAUCUACAGUAAGUUACCUGUAAACCUGCUGUAAAAACUACAGCAAAGUUUUACAGUGAACCUUUAAUUUCUUUGACUAUUUGCCUUUCAACUCAGCAUUGCUGCUAAGAUUCAAUCUGAAACCCAGUUAUUGUUCUCAAAUUCCAAAAUGUGUCUUUAAUUAGAGGUCUUGUUAUACUCGACCUGUGCUUCAUAACACAGCUUUGAACCAGUGUAAAUGCUGUGGACACGAGUAGAAAAUAUGUAAGGAUCACAACCCCAGUGAAGAUGGGUUUAUGAAGAGGAUUGUGUGUUGUCUUUUUGCAUCUGUGGAACUUGAAUUUUUAAUCAUGUUGUUUAGUUGACUUUUUUGUUUAUUUUGCUAUAAUGAUCAGAUAAGACUGGGGUGAAUUUUAAUAUACCAUUGUUUUUUAAAUCAGUGUGGUUUAUUUUUACCUCUUUAAAAUGCACAUACACACGCAACUGUUCACCUUCAACAUGCUGAAUAACAAAAUUCAGAAACAUUACACAAUUUACAUCAUUUAUUGACAUAAUUCAUUUUUCAACACAGAUGAGAACAUUUCACAGAAAUGGUGAAUAAAAUCACAUCACAGUUUUACAACUCAAGAUACAAUAAAA